CCCACUGCGCCUCCCUCCCGCGCCAUGUCCUCCCCAAACCUCCAGGUACUACGUGAGGGAAAGAUGCGCCACAAGCCGGCACGCAACAAGCGGUUCAAACGGUUCAAGCGUGGCUAUGUGGUGCUGACCACCCAGGCUCUGCAGGUGGCAUCAAAAGCCGGCGGCAAGCUCCGGGCCGUUCUCCCGCUCACUCGCGCUCGCGCUGCCUUCCAUCGAUCGCAUCCGGCGCGAUUCGAACUCGGAUCCGAGAUCGCCGGCGUCAUUCGCGUGGCCGCUUCGGGUCUCCGCCUCUUUGACGUCGGGCGCUCUGCCCGCAACGGCCUUGUGCCCGCUCUCGACAUCCCCCUCUCCAACCUCCAUCGGGUCCACCACGUCGGCUCGUCGCUCUCCAUCCGUUACAUGGCCGCCGACAAUCUCGUUGCUGUCAUAUUCCACGUCGCCUACGCUGUCGGCAAGACCAUUGUCCGCCUCCUUCGCAAGCUGGUCGAGGCCGAACUGGACUCUGCCCGUAAGCCAUUUGCCGUCGCCCUCCAGCCAGAAGGCCCAUUUGACAAGCGCCUCGUCGUCACUUCGACCGGCCUCACCCUCCAGCGCGUCAACACCUCGCGCCUGCUCUCACCGGUCUCAGCUGCCGCCACCAUCCGCGAAGCCCAGCGCCGCCGGACCGCCGCUGACCGUGCCAUCGCCAAGGCGUCCAAGAAGCAGACCCGCUCCUCGCGCAAGCUCCGCAUCCGCAAGCUCCGCAAGUCGUCCAAGUCGCACAAGUCGACCGCAAGCUCGCCAGAUCCGACUCCUGUGCCGCCGAUGCUCUCCGUCACUGCUCCAGACUCGGGCCCGUCGUCAGUCGAGUGGUCCGACGACGACAACGGCGACGGCUCUGGCGCAGACGGCGCGCUAUCGCCGAGCAAAUCGGCGUUUGGCGACUUGUCCGAGCUGUCGUCGGCAGGCGAGGGAUCCGAUGACAAUGACGCCGGUGUCGGCGCCAUUAUUUCCCAUGGCAGGGGCCAGGCCCCGGUCGAGUUCACUGUUCACGAACUUGUCCACGGCGACAACGGCUGGCUGUCCUUGCAAAGCCUGUCGUGGGGCGAGCUGUCGGAAAUUCGGCGCAUUGCCCACGACGGCAUAGCCCUCAUGCUACACUCGGGCACCUCGUAUGUAAUCUACUUUGAAGCGCCCGAGGCGCUCGAUGGCGCGCUUGAUGUUAUCGAGACGGCGUCAGCCGCAUCCUUGACAACGACAGAGGCCUCGGUAGGCCUGCAUCGCUCAAUCGACGACUACUUGGACGCGCUCGCCAUGUCGGCGUCUUUCUCACGGUCGAUGCUCUUCGACUCGGCAGAAGCCAGCUCCGUUCGCGACGAGAGCGACGAGGCAUCGAGCGCCGGCUCGGGCUCGGGCUUUUCAUCCGACGCUCUCUGGGAUGUCUCGGACGACGGCCUUGACCUGCAUUCACUGGCCACUCCGCUCAAGAUAACACAGCGCAAGGCGACGAGGACCGGCGUGAGCUGGGACGAUGUCGGCGCCGCGCUCGACGUCGGUGCGGUAGGCCGAAGCGAUGCACACUUUGAGGCCGUUCCUCACGCCAACGCCGAGCUUGACAGCGGCAGCUGCCCGGCCCUGGCCGAGAUGCCCGCCCACGAGGGCAUUUCUGAUGUGGCGGUACAGCGGCGGCUGUGGAUCCGACGGGUAUUUGACGGGUGGUUUGGUGUCGCCACCUCGCGGCGCGGUGGUGCUCGGGUGGCGGAGGAGCUCGCGUUCUCGGUCCUCUACUCCAAGUACUCGCAGGGCCUCAUCCACGAUCGCAUCUACGAUUUUGGCUACACCGCGGCCUUCUUUAUGCUCUUCCAGAUCAUGGGCUGGUUCCACUUUGGUAUUUCGUGGGCCAUUCUGGGUGCCGGGGCGUGGUUCCUCACCGAGAUGCGCCGGCGGGAGAUCCGGGAGCGCAAGAUGGAGGUCUUUGCCAUGCGCGCCUUCCGCAACCUCGCGUUCGACGAUCCGAUCAUGCAGGCACUGCUCAACAUUCCAAACGCCGUCGACCGCAUCCUCCCGCCGUGGGUCUCGUCGCCACACGUGCACCAAGUCGAGUGGCUCAACAUCAUUGUGGAGAAAAUGUGGCCGUACCUCCAUGUUGCGAUCGAGGACGCGAUCGUCGAAAAGGUGACGCCGCUGUUUGAGAAGCGCCCAUCGGUGGUGAGCGAGGUAGGCUUUGCCUCGUGCGAUUUUGGCACCAUUCCGUUCCUCCUCACCGGGCUCGAGAUCCACGACUCGGAGGCCGAGGAGGUGCUCCUUGACCUCGACUUUCGGUGGGCCGGCAAUCCAGACCUCGCGCUGUGGCUCAAAGCCAAGGGCGUACCGCUCACGGUCCGGUUCACCGACUUUCAGCUGUACGGCACGUUCCGCAUCGGGCUCAAGCCGCUCAUGCAGCAGCUUCCUGGCUUUGGAGCCAUCUCGGUCUCGUUUGCCAAAAAGCCCGUCGUCGACUUUAACCUCUCGGCCGGCGCGGUGAGCGUCACCCACCUGCCGGGCGUAUCGGCCUGGCUCAACAAGUUUAUCCGGCAGCACGUGGUGGCGACCAUGGUCUGGCCGCAGAAGAUCAUCAAGGAGCUGUACUCGACAGUCGAGGUCGAGCGGGCGUUCAUCAACGACUUUGUACCGCGCGGCGCUGUGGUCGUCGUCGUCCACUCGGCGACUAGCUUGCGCAAAGCCGACUUUUUCUCGUCUGACCCGUACGCCUCGAUCUCUAUCGACGGCGUGAACAAGCCGCAGCGGACGCGAGUCAUCAAGCACAAGACCUCACCGGUGUGGGAGGAGCGGCUCGAGUUUGCUGUGCCAGACAUUGCCGGCAAGCGCAUGUACGUCGACAUCUUCGACUCGGACCGCGGCAUCAACUCGGACGACCUGCUCGGGCGCUCAGAGUUUGACAUCUUCUCGCUCACCGCUUAUCAGACGGUCCGGGUUUCAGAGCCGCUACAGCUCGCCAAAAAGGGUUCAGUGACGUACUCGGUGCAGUGGUGCCCGUUCUGGGGCCACCCAGAGUUCCGGCUUCCGCCAGGCGGCGUCGAGCCGAGCGAGAAGUACUCAGGCAUCCUCUUCUGUCACAUCAAAAAGGCGACGGCGCUCGCAUGGGCCUCAUCGCAGCUGUGGGCCGUGGCGUCGGUCGGCCACGAGUCCGAGUCCACCGCCGUCUCGUCCAAGGCCAAUGGCAACAAGCCGGUGUGGGACCACAAGCUGACGCUGCGCGUCGACGACUGGCGGAGCGAUGUCUUGCGCGUUGACCUCUUCCAGAAGACUGGGCGGAAGAAGAAAAAGACGACCGCCACCCCAGCCGGCUCGGUCAAAAUCCAGGUCUCGGCCGUCUCGGCUGGCAUCGAGGGUCACGUCCUCGAGCGCGCCUUUCAACUCGACGAGGUGGCGCAAGGCGCGGUCCAUCUCCGGCUCAUCUUUGUCUCACGCUGGGGCCUCCACGCCUGAGCAUAAAUCUCACAAGCUGCCACCAAUCGCCUACGGUGGGGCUAGG